AUGCGGUUCGGAGCUCGUCCGGUGGUCAUGCUGGGAGGCCUCCUCUCCUCUCUGGGCGUCUUCUGGGCUUCCUUCAGCACCAGCUUACUCCAGUUGUAUCUCACCCUGGGCUUUCUGACAGGUGAGUGAGCAUGGGGUGCACCUUCCCCUCCUGCUCCCCCCAGAAAGUGGAGUUCAAAAGGAUUGCUGCCUCAGACCGCGGAGGCAGAGCAGAGCCUCAUCUCCCACGAACUUGUCCGAUCCUCUGCUGAUGCCACCCAAGCUGGUGGCCAUUGCCGCCUCCUGUGGCAGGGAGUUCCGUAGUCAAACUACGCACGGCAUGAAGGAGGAGGCAGAACAUAAGCGUAGUGUUUAGGGAAGUUUUUAAUGUUUGAAGUUCUAUUCUGUUCUUAGUCCUCUGUUGGAAGUCGCCCAGGGUGGCUGGGGAGACCCAGCUGGAUGGGGUAUAAAUAAUAAAAUAAUAAUAAUUAUUAAAGUAGUAGUAGUAGUUAUGAUUGUGGGACACGGGUGGCGCUGUGGGUUAAACCACAGAGCCUAGGACUUGCCGAUCAGAAGGUCGGCGGUUCGAAUCCCUGCGACGGGGUGAGCUCCCGUUGCUCGGUCCCUGCUCCUGCCAAGCUAGCAGUUUGAAAACACGUCAAAGUGCAAGUAGAUAAAUAGGUACUACUCCAGCGGGAAGGUAAACGGCGUUUCCGUGCGCUGCUCUGGUUCGCCAGAAGCGGCUUAGUCAUGCUGGCCACAGGACCCGGAAGCUGUACGCCAGCUCCCUCGGCCAAUAAAGCGAGAUGAGCGCCGCAACCCCAGAGUCGUCCGUGACUUGACCUAAUGGUCAGGGGUCCUUUAGUAAUUAUGAUAAUAAUGUCUUCCUCUCCUGCUGCCACCUGCUCCUCUCUCCCUUGGUCUCCCCAGGAACCAGAAGAGGCAUGAAAAGGGCGGAGGAUAGGUUGGCUGCAGGCAGGCGCAGUCUCCGAAUGCUUGGGGAAAACCUGGAGAGGAGGGGACUGAGAUGGCUGUGGGGAGACAGGGACCUUCAGCCCCCACAACUGCCUCAUAGGGGCAGGACCACAGCUGCUGUGCUCAUUAGGCCUGGCAGUCCUGAGCAGAUCUUUGAAUAAAGAGGGAUCUAUUGUUGGCAACAACAUGGCUGCCUGCUGUUUCGUUCUGUUAAUGGGUUUGUUAUUUCUGGAAUGGCUACCUGUCUGGCACUCAGGUAUCAGGAUGCCAGGGAUUAUCACUCAGGCAGAGGGGCUGCUGAGGAGCUGAGCUCACGUGUGUAUAUGAAUUUCUGAAGUUUUCCCUGUGAGCCAGUACACAGAUCCAUUGAUCAGUGAAUUCUUACAUUUGGUAUUCUGCAGUAGAGGCCCUUUGAAGAGAUAGGAAGAAACUGUGAUGAAGUGUUUUGUGGGGACAAAUCACAAAAGUCACAAAAGCGACUGUGCUGGUUUUGGUAAUGGGCUGCAUGUGCAUGAGAUCUGCUGGAGGGGCAACCCCCCCAACCUAUACAUAAAUUCCUGCAACAAUGAGAAACAAUGGAAGGGUCCCCCAGAGUCAUCUAGUCCAACCCCCUGCAAUGCAGGAAUGUGUGGGCAUGUACGAACCCAGAGGAGGAGACAUUGAUGGCUGUGGGGAGACAGGGACCUUCAGCCCCCACAACUGCCUCAUAGGGGCAGGACCACAUUUGCUGUGCUCAUUAGUCCUGGCAGUCCUGAGCAGAUCUUUGAAUAAAGAGGAAUUUAUUGUUGGCAACAACACGGCAUAGCUGUCAAGUGUCCCUUAUUUGAAGGGACAGUCCCUUAUUCCAGCGCCAUGUCCCGCUGCUGUCCCUUAUUGAUGGAUGUCCCUUAAAUGAUGUCCCUUAAAUUUCAAAGGAAGCAGCUCCUCUCCCUCCCUCCCUGCCGGCCAGGGAGGGAGGCUCCAACUGUGUUGCUUGGCUGUGUUGCUCACCCAAUAAGAAGUCUAAGAACGACUGGGGGUGGAGCUUGCAUGCCUUGUGUGUGGCUAGUUAAUGCAAGCUGAGGGGGUUUUUGAAUGCUGGACGCCAUUUUGUUGCACAUGCUGCUGCAAACUUUGCAGUACAAAGCCAGGCCGGGGAGCCAUCUUAAGUUGAGGCUGCCUAGGCCUUGUGGUGCAUGUGAUUCAGAUUCUAUUCAGCUGAACCUCUGGUUACAAAGUUGGUUGGACAGUGUUCUCGAAGCUUCCAGCAAGAGUUUGACCAGACUGCAGGAGGACAGGAAGAAAGGAGUGCCUGGAACAGGUGAGGAUGCAGGUCCCUUAUUUUGGCUGCAGGUCCCUUAUUUUCAAGGCUGCUGGUCCCUUAUCUUCAAAUCUGUAAGUUGACAGCUAUGCAACACGGGUGCCUGCUGUUUCCUUCGCCCACCCAAAGCCUCUCUCCCCUCGCAGGUUUCGGCUGGGCGCUGGCCUUCGCCCCCGUCAUGGGCACCCUCUCACGCUACUUCUCGUCUCGGCGCUCCCUGGCGAUGGGCCUGGCACUGACGGGCAACGGACUGUCCUCCUUCGCCUUCUCCCCGCUGCUGCGGCUCCUGGCUGACUCCCUGGCGUGGCGAGGGGCUCUGCUUGCCACCUCCGCCCUGGGCCUCCACCUCUUGGUCUGCGGGGCCCUCCUGCGCCCGCUGAGCCUGCGGGGCGACCUCUCGCACUCGGGACCGGCCUUCGACCUGGGCCUGUUUGCUGAGAGGGGCUUCGCGGCCUUCUCCUUCGGCGCCGCCCUGCUGGCUGCGGGCUACUUCACGCCUUACGUCCACCUGGAGCCCUACGGCCGAGCCAUGGGCCUCGGCCCCUACGAAGCCGCCGCCGUCGUGUCCGCGGCCUCCCUCUCGGAUGCUCUGGCCCGGCUGCUGGCCGGCGGCCUGGCUGACCGGCGCCUCCUGUCCCCGGCCCGCCUCCUCGUCCUCUGCAGUGCGCUGACCGCCUGCAGCCUGCUCCUCUUCCCGCUCGCCUCGUCCUUCGCAGAUGCCCUCGGACUGGCCCUGCUCUACGGCACAAGCGCGGGCAGUUUUGCCACGGUGGCCUUCGGGGUCUUGCCUGAGAUUGUCGGCGUGGCACGCGUGGUCAAUGCCACGGGGCUGUGUCUGAUGGCCAUGAGCGUCGGGGGGCUGCUGGGCCCGCCUCUCUCUGGUAAGGGACACCUCGAUUAUGAUGAUGAUGAUGAUGAUGAUGAUUAUUAUGAUUAUGAUUAUGAUUAUUAUUAUUAUUACAACAGGAGGUCUCGGGGGGUUCAUAGAAAAGAUCACAACAUCUAUAAUCAGAAUUAUAUAUGAAAGCUCAUACCAAGAACAAAAUUAGUUGGUCUCUAAGGUGCUACUUAGAGGGACGCGGGUGGCGCUGUGGGUUAAACCACAGAGCCUAGAACUUGCCGAUCAGAAGGUCAGCGGUUCGAAUCCCCGCCACGGGGUGAGCUCCCGUUGUUCGGUCCCUAGCAGUUCGAAAGCACGUCAAAAGUGUAAGUAGAUAAAUAGGUACCGCUCCGGCGGGAAGGUAAACGGCGUUUCCGUGCGCUGCUCUGGUUCGCCAGAAGCGGCUUAGCCAUGCUGGCCACAUGACCCGGAAGCUGGAUGCCGGCUCCCUCGGCCAAUAAAGCCAGAUGAGCGCUGCAACCCCAGAGUCGGCCAGACUGGACCUAAUGGCCAGGGGUCCCUUUACCUUUACCUAAGGUGCUACUGGACAAUUUUUUAAAAUUUUAUAUAUAUAUAUUUCUACUGUGUCAGACCAGCAUGGCUACGUACCUGACUCUAGAACUCUGUAGGGAAGUUUUUAAUGCUCGAUGUUUUGUUGUGUUUUGAUAUUUGGCUGGCCCAGCCAGAUGGGCUGCAUAAAGAUGUUGACUUUUUGCAGUAUGGUAGCGCUGCAGAGAGCUUGCUGGGGAGACCAUGCAUUAAAAAGGGACUCAAAAAUAACUUAAACAAGGUUUUAAUAAGAAAAACAAAAACUCCUUUUACACUAAAUACAUUAACAAACAAACAUGACCCAACCACCAACCCAUCCCCCAGGGUAAUGGGAGAGCUAGGUGCUGCUCCUUAUAUACUACACCCAAUUACCAACACAGCUUAAUCAAUACAACUCAGCAGCACCUGCUAUGUUUCACAGCUGUAAAGCUGGGUCUCGUUAUUUUGCUCUGGCCCUUUCUCUGGCCCCUUAAAGACAUACACAUCGAGUGGAACAAUGAUGAACCUUUACAUAUUAAACCAUUCAACAUUUCCCCUGCGGUUCAUCAUUGUGGAACAAAAACAUAAAGCAUACUUUGUACAUGUUUUCAUGUAUACCUUUUGGAAGUGCUUUAGUAAAAAUGUCUGCAAUUUGAUUGUCACCUGGAACAUAUUUAAAUACAACCAUUUCAUCAGCAAUUAGUUUCUUUACAAACUGUAAACGUAAUCUUAAGACUUUAGUGCGCUGCGUAUUGGUUUCUGAACAUAGGAUAGCGAGUCCACUCUGGGAAUCAAGGUAAACUUUUACUGGUAGUGUUACUUGCAUCUGUAGGUCUGCGAAUACUUGCAGAUACCAUUCCACAUCACGAGUGGCCUGAACACAUGCACAUAAUUCACUCUCUGUUGUGGAGAGACAAAUAAUGGUUUGUGUCUGGGACUUCCAUUCAAAUGGACAACCAUUAUAACAAAACACCAUACCAGACACACCCCUGCAAUUAUUUUGUUCCACUGCAUGAGAUGCAUCACAGAAAAUUUCAAAACCUUUGUCAAUACAUGUUGUAAACUGCAACCUAUAAUGUUUGGUAUGUUUAAGGUACAUUACCACUCUCUUAAGAGCAGAGAAACAUUGUGUAGUGGGCUUUUCCACAAAUUUUGCCAGAAAGUGAAAGGCAUAAGUUAUAUCUGGUCUUGAGAUUCUUUGAAUGAAAUUUAGCUUGCCUAUAGCAGAACGAUACAAAGUUUUGUUAGGAAAUGGCUUAUCUUCACCUGUAAAAGUGAAACCACACACCAUGGGCGUUUCCUUCCCAUUUGCAUUUUCUAAACAUAGCAUUUCAACAAGAUCGUCAAUUUUUGCAGUUUGAUGAACCAGAAAAGAUCCAUUUUUGCCUUUCUCAAUUUGCAUGGAUAAGUAAUUUUUAGCUAUGCCUAAUUCCACCACAUCAAAUUUCUUCUGUAACUGUGUUACUACCUGUUCAUAUUCCUGUUUAGUUUUUGUAGAAAUUAACACGUCAUCUACAUAGACACAUAUUUUUGCUACAGAGUUUGCCCUUUCCUUUAUAAACACACAAUUGUCUGCCUUUCCCUGUGAAAAACCAAUAUCCAGCAAUUCUUUUGCUAAAGUUUGAUGCCAAUUCCUUCCACUUUGGUGCAGACCAUAAAGGGAUUUAUUUAAUUUGCAUACCAAACCUUCAGCGGCGUCUAUGCCUUCAGGGACACGCAUAAAAAUUUGUUCUUUUAAAUCUGCAAACAAAUAUGCAGUUUUUAUAUCUAGGUGAUAAACAGAAUGUCCACGUUGUGAUGCAUCUUUUAACAAAAGCUUAACUGUUUCAUAUUUUACACUUGGUGAAUAACACAAAUCAUAAUCUUCGCCUGGAAUUUGUUGAAAACCCCUAGCAACUAAUCUUGCCUUGUACCUUACAACUUCAUUUUUGUCAUUCAUUUUAACUCUAUAAACCCAUUUUGAAUCAAUAAGUCUCAUAUCUGGGGUUUGUGGUACAAGAGACCAAGUGUUAUGCUCUUUUAAAGAAGCUAUUUCAGAGUUCAUAGCUUUAUACCAAUUUACAGCUUGGUGCUUAGGUAAAUUCUGAACAUCAUUGUAGCUUUUUGGCUCAAAAACUGCCUUAUUGGCAUACACAGUAUUAAAAUGUUCAUCUGCAAAACGUUGUGGCUUCUGUCUCUUUCUAUCUGAACGUCUCAGUCCGGAAGGAGAGUCAGACUCCUCAGACUUAAUGGGACUAUGUAAACUACUAGUUUCAGGUUGUAAAUCAUCAUUGUCAGACUGAAGAGAUGCCUGUUGGCUAAGCUCACGGUCAGAAAACUCAAGAGAAUCUAACCUCCCCUCGGGUGCCUGUGACUUUAAAUCAUCAAAGAAAUUAUCAGAUUCAACAGGCUUUUUGUCUUCUUCCAUUAAUUCAGAAGCACCAUUUCCUGCUGCUGCUGCUGCUUCUUCUACCUCUUCUUCCUCAGUAUUAUCUAUACCAUUACUAUCUUGGAAAACAGCAACACCAUUCCAAUUUACAGUUUGUAUCAUGCUUCUGGUAAUAUGAAAUUUGCCAGUUGCUGGUAUGUAAAUUCUGUACGCCCCCUGCUGGUAGCCCAUUAAUUUUCCCUGGACACUACGUUCACCCAAUUUCUGCUUAGCGGGAUAAUGCAUUAUUACAUCUGAACCCCAAAUGCGUAGGUAUUUCAGAUUAGGGCGUUUUUAAACAGCUUCUCAUAGGGGGUGACAUCUAAACCAGAAUGAUAACUGCGAUUUCUAACAUAACAAAAGGCAUUGAGCGCUUCAGCCCAAAAGUCUUUGGGCAGAUUAGCAUCAUGCAGAUAAGUUUUAACCCCUGCCUGCAGGUCACGCUGCACAACUUCAACAAGCCCAUUUUGCCAGGGACUUCGGGGCAAGAUAACUCAUGAGUAGUCCCCUGCGCUUCCAGGAAUUUCUCAAAAUCCUCAGAAACAAAUUCCCGCCCCUGUCAGAAAAAAGGUUCUUAAUAGGUUUGUUAAAAUGUGUUUUUACCCAGUUGCAAAAAACUUUGUACUUCUCAAAUGCUUGGGACUUCUCAGCUAUUGCAUAAGUCCAACAAUAUCUACUAUACUGGUCUAUCAGGGUAAGCCAGUACUUAGAACCUCCUAAGGAUGGUGGGAGUGGCCCAACUAAAUCACAAUGUACACGCUCAAAUGGCUCAGUUACUUUCCUAUCUGAGCACCUACCCUUGCGUGCAACCUUAAUCUUAUUCUUGCAACAGGAUAGACAUUGCAUAAAGAAUUUACAUGGUUUUAAGUUGAGGCCAUUAACAAUAUUCUUGGUCUUAAUUACAUCAGCAAAAUUCAGAUGUCCCAGAAUUCUGUGCGCCUCAUGGACACACCCAGAAUGUGGCCUUACAUUCCUCAACCCCUGGCUUGACUGUGCUGCUCUGCAAUUUAUAGGCGAUUGGGAGUAGGUGCGAAAAUACAGUCUAUAUAAACCAUCAGAUUCCCGGGCAUACAAUAGACGUUUGUUCCCCUCGAAAAACUCACACAUUGACUUUAAGAAACGCACAGUUAUGCCUUGGCGAGCAAAACACCUUACUGACAAUAAAUUGUCCACUGAUGGGCAGUAAAUGCAGUUCGCUAUAGUAAUGUUUAAAGAGUCAAGUUUAACAGUACCCCUGCCAAGCGACUGCAAGACUUGUGAAUUGGCUAAAUGUACAUUACCAAUUUCCUCUUCGAAAGAAAUAAACAAGCUUCGAUCGUUGCAAACGUGCUGAGAUGCUCCUGAGUCCACAAUAGAAAGAAUUCCACUUGGCACCUUUAAUUCUUUUACGAUCUCUUGUGCUAGCGUGAAAAGCUCGCGGCUCGUUUCUGUCUUUACGGUACGAUGCCGGCUGCUGAGCUGACGACCGUGACUGACGAACAGAAACAGACUUGGGAGUACUUUGCUUUCUUUUGGAUCUGCAGUCCUUUGCAAAAUGUCCUUGCUUAUUGCAGAACCAACAACGCUUUGCAGCUUUAAAUGCAGUUGUAUCACCACAAGUUUGCAUAUGGCGUUCCUCAUUCUUUCUGGAAAUAGGAGUGCUUAUGGCACAAGCCUCCCUUCUGUCCAACUCGCCCAUUAAUCUUGCCGUUACCCCUUCCACAGUUAAUUGUGCUGGUGGACGGCAGAUAUCUGGCUAGCUAUACCAUCAAAGUCCUCAUUAAGGGAACAAAGGAUGAUGAAAACAUACUGAAUAUCAGGUAUCUCCAUGUCCCUUCGAAUUAAUUCGCCGCGUAUUGCCUCCAGACGUCUCAAGUGUGCUGCCAAAUCACCACCAGGCUGCAACUUCGUCUGGUACAACUGCUUGAAAAUCGUCACUGCAGAAGCUGACUCUUUUCUAACAUGCACUGCUGCAAGACUGUCCCACAUUUCUUUGGCAGUUUUCUUAUUUCUUAUAUAGACUACUUGCUGGUCGCUGACUGCCAAAUUAAUUAUCGCCCUGGCUUUCGCAUCUCCUUUCGACCAAGCAUUAGUCACAGGGUCAGGAGGGUCAUCAGUUACAUAGGUCCAUACUUCUCUAGAGGUCAAAGCGCCUCCACCCGAAAAGACCAUAAACUAUAGUUCUCAUCUGUCAGCUGUGGGAAGACCAGAGCCUUCUCAGCUUCAGGAACCCGGUCAACCAUUCUGGAACUCUUCCAGACCCACAGAACUACGCUAACAGGAGAAGGAGUUUUCAAACCUUUCUCAGAGUCCAAAAAUAUGCAGUCAUCCACUCAGCAGCUGGGCCCAUAACCAAAGAUGUUGACUUUUUGCAGUAUGGUAGCGCUGCAGAGAGCUUGCUGGGGACCAUGCAUUAAAAAGGGACUCAAAAAUAACUUAAACAAGGUUUUAAUAAGAAAAACAAAAACUCCUUUUACACUAAAUACAUUAACAAACAAACAUGACCCAACCACCAACCCAUCCCCCAGGGUAAUGGGAGAGCUAGGUGCUGCUCCUUAUAUACUACACCCAAUUACCAACACAGCUUAAUCAAUACAACUCAGCAGCACCUGCUAUGUUUCACAGCUGUAAAGCUGGGUCUCGUUAUUUUGCUCUGGCCCUUUCUCUGGCCCCUUAAAGACAUACACAUCGAGUGGAACAAUGAUGAACCUUUACAUAUUAAACCAUUCAACAAUAAAUAGUCACAGAAUCAUAGAGUUUGAAGGGACCCCGGGGGACAUCCAGUCCAACCCCCUGCAAUGCAGGGAUCUCAACACGCAGGUCCCCCAUCCAAUCUGAAACCCCACUGGCACCUGCUUAGCUUUUCAAAUGUGCAGGAGGGAGCACUGCAUUCCUAUCCCUCCUUUUCCUGCAAGGUGCUCAAGGUGGCCUGGAAAUGGUUCUCCCCUUCCUCGUUUGAUCACCACACACGUAGUCAGUGACCUCACACACGUUCCCACCCAACCACUCUGCCCUCCAUCCAGACAAGGGGAGAGUUCUGGGUAGCUGAGAUGAACUACCCCUGUUUAAAUUAUUGCCAUUGUUACUAAAUUUGCAGCCAUGCAUUUUAAUAAUAAUAAUAAUAAUAAUAAUUUUUAUACUCUGCCAUUCUGGCUGGGUUUCCCCAGCCACUCUGGGUGUCUUCCAACAGAAUAUUAAAAACACAACAAAACACCAGACAUUAAAAACUUUAGAUGUCUUCUAAAAGUCAGAUAGUUGUUUAUUUCCUUGACAUUGGAUGGGAGGGCGUUCCACAGGGCGGGUGCCACCACUGAGAAGGCCCUCUGCCUGGUUCCCUGUAACCUCACUUCUCACAAUGAGGGAACCGCCAGAAGGCCCUCGGAGCUGGACCUCAGUGUCCGGGCUGGACGAUGGGGGUGGAGACGCCCCUUCAGGUCUACUGGACCGAGGCUGUUAUGCAAAAACCAUGCAAAUUUCGUGCCUCAUGUUUCCUCCUUACUUGAAUGUGCCAGGUGCCACUAUAAGCUAAACAAGGUAUAGCUUAGGGCCCCACUCUCUUGGGGCCCCCCAAAAAAUGUAAAGGAAAAACAAACUUUUGUUAUGUGCAAACGGCAUUAGAUACCUAUUAGGUCCAUAAAUGACCAUAUAGCAUAUAUUCAACACAAAAAACAGCGACAAUUUGUUGUUGACAAAGGACAGCUGGAUGUCCUUCAGUAGCAUAGGGCCCCAUCACACCUAAAUAUGGUCCUGCCAGGCGUCAAGGUACACUGCCCUUGAACAUGGAGGUUCUGUUUUGCCAUUAGCCACGAGUCUAGGCCUCCUGCCCAAAGUUCUCUGAGUUCUGGCGAAAGCAAGGUCUGGCGGCCUCCUACUGUCUUCCUCUUCUUCUCCAGGUUUCCUGAGAGACCUGACGGGAGACUUCACCGCCUCGUUCCUGGUCGGAGGGUCCUUCGUCCUCUGCGCCAGCGGGGUCUUCGCUGCCCUCCCCUCUUUCUGCCCCGGCUGCUGCAAGGACGAUGGCGACCCCAGGAUCCGGGGAAUCCACGGCUUGGUCCCCUCUCUGCUGCCUUCUCCCCUCACAAGCAAAUGUUCGCAGGUAUGA